GGCCUUAACUACAUCUCUCUAGGUGGAGGCGGGAGGCAGCCACUUGCGGAGGUUGUCUCGGAGCUGCGAGCAGCCUUUUCCUCUCCUCUGUGUCGCCUCGUCUCGUCUCCCCUCGUCUCCUCUCGUCUCCUCUCGUCUCCCCUCGUCUCCCCCCGUCUCCUCUCGUCUCCCCUCCUCUCCCGAUCUCUCGUCUCGUGUCUGUGUCUCUCCUCUCGUCUCACCACCGCCUCUUCCUGUCCGCCCGUCCGUGCCUCGCAGAUCAGCGUUCCUGGUCGCAGAGCCGUGCCGCCGUCGCCGUUGUCACCUCCGCUGCUGCCGAAGGCGGAAGAUUCACCAUGGUGAAAAUCUCCUUCAAUACGCCCUUCGUGCAGAAGCCUGGCCCCAAGAAGGACGUCGAGGCCCUGGUGGCGGAGAGGGAGCUAGAAAUUCUGACGCAUGACAGUUCAUCUGGAAGAUGCUUGCUGACCCUCCUGGGCCUUGCAUUCAUCUUAACAGGAGUUAUUGUUGGUGGAGCUUGCAUUUAUAAAUACUUCAUGCCAAGGCACAGAGUAUUCCGUGGGGAAAUGUGCUACUUUGAAAAUGACGAUAAUGGCAUGGAUGGUGAAACAGAGCCCUAUUUCCUCCCUGUUUCUGAAGAAGCCGACAUUCGGGAAGAUGAAAACAUAGCCAUCAUUGAUGUUCCUGUUCCCAAAUUCUCUGAUAGUGACCCUGCUGCCAUUGUUCAUGACUUUGAUAGAACUGGAUCUUACCUCCCUCAGACUUACUUGGUUCGUGAAGAGUUGGUAGCUGCUGAAGAAAUAGAGGACGUUUCUGAUCUUGGCAUCUUUAUUUACCAGAUUUGUGGAGGGAAGAAAACCUUCAGACUGCAACGCCGGGAGCCAAUAACUGGCUUCCAGAAGCGUUCUGCCGAACGAUGCCUGAAGAUUAGACAUUUUCCCAAUGAAUUUGUUGUCGAGACAAGAAUUUGUCGGCAGUGAAAGCCUCCAAGUGAAAGAAUUCCAAUAAUCAUAAAGUGGGGCUUUACAAUGUGACUUCGAAAUUAAAUUGUGCUGUGAUAAUCAAAAGCCUUAUUUGUUACGCUUUUUUGUGUGUCUUGCUUAUAUUUUUUAAAGAAAAGAAGAUUCCCCACUGCAAGUUCUUGCUAUACUUAGUAUAAUUAGCAUCCGUAGUUGUUUGAAACUAACAUAGAAAAUAAGCAAACUUAAUCAUUGACUAAUAUUAGCUUUUUCUAGUAACCACAUGAAUAAAUGUUAGCUAGCAUCUUGGUAAGAAUAAACUCUAAUCUUUUUUCUUAAGAAAGGAAAUCCAAACCAGAAUAAAGUUAUGUUACUUGGUUUGCCCAUGCUAUAUAAUUCUCAGAGUGCUUCCUCUGGCUUUUAAUAACAAACUGUUAAAUACAGAUAAGAUUUUUGUCAGGCAUGUAAAACUACCUAAAGUUGCACACCUUAAUUUGGGGGGGGGUUCCAUUUUGUGCAAUUUACUGUACUUUGCAAUUGUCUGUAUUUGGUAACUUCCCUGAAUUCUCCAAAAGUUUAAAUCUUUUAUCUGUCAAGUAUUCUUCAGCUCACCGGUUAUGUUCACUUACAGAUACUUUGAAGAAGUUUUUAAUCCAGUCUAUUUGCUUACAGGAUUUUUAAUAACAACUUGUUAAUUCCAGGAAGGCCCAUUUUAUGAACAUGAUUGUAUUCGUAAAGUUCUAACUUCUCUGGCCUAUAUGUAAACUUUUUAGAUCAGCAGAAUUUCUUAUGAGCAAGUCGUUUUCACUGCGGUCUGUUUUUAAUGAACUGAUUCUUCUUCACUGAGAUCUGUAGCGUAAAUCCAGCAAAGAAUUGUAUGUGUGCUACACACUGUAAAGGCAUUUAUAUGGGUACAUAAAUUUGAUACCCUUACAAUAAAUGUUUCUCCAAAA